AUGUCAAGGGAAACAUCAACCUGUCAAAGUCCCACUAUCACCUUACCUUUCGUGCCUACAAUUAAUAAUUAUCUUCGUAAAGAAGCUUAUGGAAUAUGUGAAAUGGUGAUGCUUGGUGAAGAUAUUCCCCGGUCUCUGUCUCAUGCCACCAAAGUUUGUUGUUAUCCUGGAGCAGACCAGAGUGAAGGAGAAGAUGAAAUGGAUGUUCUGUCACACUCCUUGGACAUGCUGGCUGAAAUGGAUUUGGGUGUUCGUCAAAGACCUACUACCGUUCAGCGCCUUGAAAAGAAUGAUCCCGAUCACGAGAAAGCAGACAGAACCAGAUUUGUGAAGUGGGAGAACGUUACAGGCUAUGAUCCAUCAGAAUUUCAAAGGAAGGAUUUCAGGAAGAAACGUAAAGACGAAAAAAUUAAUUCAGAGCGGUCUCUCCUGGUUAAACAGCUUGAAAACUACCCAUCUGUGUUCAGAAAUCCGUUUUUAGACUAUGCUAAGUUUGAUGGAGAUGCUCAAGUGGGUGUACCGACUCGAAGAUAUGGAAUUUUUAUGAUGAUGCUUCCUCCUGCCGAAAGAAAUUAUCCAUUAAAUGUUGUGGUCAUUGCUUCUGCAAGAGUACAGGACUUAAUAGGUUUAAUAUGUUGGAAACAUACGAUGGAACAUGGAGAUCAUAAUUUAGGGGAUUCAGUUGACCAAUACGGCUUGUAUAUAGCAGAAGAUGAUGGAGAAGUUGAUUGGGACUUUCCAUGCUUGGAUCCACGUGAGGUCAUUAGCAAAUUUGGUUUUUCAUAUUUGGCUCUGGUGGAACGCAAAGAAAAAGUCCCCAGUGAAGAUUCUGCCACACGAGAGAGAAAUGAGAGACUGAUGGAAGCUGGUGGUGUGUCUGAACCCCGAAGAAUGAAAGCUGUCCUCAAAGAUGAAGAUAUGCAGCGCAUGAAGGGGCAUAUGACUGCUAUGGAAGCACCAUUGUACCAGUCGUAUAGAGUAUGCACUGUUAGUAAAGUACGAUCGAGAACAGAAAUCCAGUUAGGAAUAUCUGGUGAGAAGAUAGAAAUUGAUCCUGUUGUACAACAGAGAGUUGGCGCGAAAUUCUGGAAUCGGCAGAAAGCAGUCAGCUAUGACAUUGAUAAUAUAGCCGCUUGCGAAAUUAUAGAUAACAAAACUAAUAAUCGAGGCACAUUACGUUUGACAUACUACUCUCCUUCACUGACUAACGCUGAUCAAGAUAGCUCAUUACAUAAUCAUGCUUCAAUAUCUCAUUACAAACAUUAUGAUUUCGAAACUGAUUUAAGUACAGCGGAAGAAAUUGUGCAGAAAAUUAAUAAUAUCUUAGAUUUGACUACUCCAAUAAAACGGCAAGAAUAUCUAGAUUUACGUGAAAGUAAACCACAUAAAAAGCGAAUGUUUCGUUUGGGUCAAAAACAGUAGUUAGAUAGAAGUUGUAUGUUCUUUUCACAAAUCAUGUGAACUAUGUUUCAAAGAGUCUGAUUUUCCUGACAUUGUAAGUUUUUAAAUGAUCUACUUAAAAAUUUGAUGUCAUGUGAAACAGUAUCAUCAGUAGUGCAGAAUGUGGGAAUACUGAAUAUAAAAUAUUAAUGUCUAAAAUAAGUCCACUUCAAUGUACCCCAGUGAAAAGAAAAGGAACAAUUUUUAUCAUGUUAGUAUCUUGAAUAUUUUCACUUAAAAACAGAUGUAAAACAGCUGAAGAAUACGAGAUGUUAUGAUAAUUAAUGUAUAAUGAAAAUUGACUACUGAAAACAACACUUUAAUUUUAAGGGAAUGUAAUCUAAGUGAACAUAUUUUUUUCAUGAAUGACUGACUUUUAAUCAUGUUUAUAAUUAUAUUAUUUCUUUCUGAAUUUGUAUAAGAGGGAUUGUGAAUAAAGAUGAUCAGUAUUUUAUUUUA